AAAAACCUGCCCUUCGGAAAUUAGAAAGAAAAACUUUUUUGGUGAUUUUCCGUAAUCGAUUUUCACCGACAGGGGUGGGGUGUUGAGGUUUUCCCGUCGCCGAUGAAUAUUAGAACAUUAAGAUAACCUAAAUAGCUACCAAUUGGAGAAACCUAAACUUAUUUUAUCGAAAAAUGUUUAGGAUAUAUCGGUCUAAAGGCGAGGAAAUCCGGACAAAGUAAUAUGGAAUUAUGCAUUAUUAUACGUUGGGAUAUGUUCUGUGCCUGAUUUUCGUCGGUAUUCAUACUAAAGAAACUCGCCCACCACAAACUAAAAAAGCGACGGUGGACAUAGGCAAGAACAUCACAAUAAAAUGCCCGCUCAACUCCAAAGACGUGAUGUGGGAGCGGGAAGGGAAAAAACAGAACCCAACGAGUCCAUGAUGGUAUUCACAAAUGGCAGUUUAUUUUUACGGGAAGUUGACAGUACCGAUGCGGGCGUUUAUAGUUGUAUGAGGCAAAAUGAUGUAAGAGAUAUAAGGGCUAAGGUUAACGUCGUUGUAAGAACACCUCCACCACCACCAAUACUGUCAAUAAAACCCCAUACUGUUCUAGCUGUAUUAAUUUAUGAGAUGAAUGGCACUGGGGGUUACCCGGUUACGUAUUUUACUGCCGAAUAUCGUCCCGCCUACAAUUCCAGCGCUAAAUGGAUCCCUAUUUCGCCUAAUCACAUAAUGCCUAGCAGUAAACAACUGGAACUAUAUAGUCUCAUUCCAAAUACCACUUAUGAAUUUAGGAUGUGGGCGACCAAUCCUUUAGGUAGAAGUCCUAUAGUAACUGCUGUAGCGACAACUAGAGGUCAAUAUUCUGAAACAGAAUUAGCGAGGCAUUUCUUGAAAGGGGCCGGCGAGUUUGACACCAGAUGGUGGGCGGUGGCCGUCGGAGUGGUCCUCGGAAGCCUAAUCCUGCUCAGUAUCGGGGUGUGCACGUUGCUGUUUCAGGAGUGUCGCAAUCCUCAACCCGCCGAAGAUGAACCGGAAAUCAUUGAGCUACUCCCGAACAUAAUCCUGAAUCCGGGAUUCGAAGGGAGUCAGCAACGUCGUCGUCCCAGCGAAGACCUCAGCCCCGAUGAGAAUUCCAAUAACGAAACUCCACUUCGCCUUAAUAAUAAUACGGUAGUUUAUCCGCAAAGUCACACCUUAUAGCGUCAAGAG